CGCACCCAAACAAAACUUAGGCCAUAAGGUGAUCGCUCUGAACAGAAAACGAUGGAAGGAAGGAGGCGACUCGAAAAUCAUUAUUCUGAGCCACCUAACAGACAUAACGUUGAACUCCAUUUUUACGAAAACCCGGCGUUCAACAGCUUAGAUAGAGCUCCUUUUACUCCCAACAGCAGCGUGUUUAAAAAUCGCCCUCCAAAGCAACCACAUGUUGAGAACACGAGGAGCCGUCGGUAUCAGACAAACGACAGACUGUCUCGGUCUUCUUCAGGACGAAUGCGAUGUCUGGUGGCUUUGAAUAUUCUGUUAUUGGUAUUGACAGUCCUAUGCCUAGGUCUUACAAGUUACGUGUGCUAUAGGAUGAUUUUUCAGAAAGAAGCUGAAGUGGGAUCAAACGGUUGCGACAGUGAUUUGCGCGCUGAAGGUGAGAAGUUCCAGAAAAUUACCUCUGAAAAUAUGAAAGAACUGCGGAGGAAUAUUUCAAGCAUGGAAAACUUAACAAAAAACUUUACCCUCCUUCAGGAAGCUAUCAAUGAUUUAAAUUCAGAAAGAAUUCAUCUGCUUGAAUCUGUGAAAAUGAUUUCGAAUAAUUUGACAAAGUUGAGAGAAGAGUAUGAGAAGACUCGACAACAAGUUUUACACAACAGACGAGCUAUUAGUUACCUAAACGUAAGUUCUCUAGAGCAAGAAGAUUUGUCCGAUUUGUGGCGCAAAUUGAAUUCGUCAGAAAAUGAACUCCUGGAUGUGAAGAAACAGGUGAUUAACAUGUCCAAGAUUGUCCCACCCAGGGGACUUCCAGGGUAUAACGGUACACAGGGCCCAGUUGGUGGUACCGGACCAGUGGGACCGCCUGGAUUGCCAGGUCCUGGAGUCAAUAUAACGCUUUGUCAAUACAAAACAAAUAGCUCUGGAGGUUUACCUGCCUCGUCACUCAUAAAGCAGGAGAUAUCUGUAACAGAGCAAAAAGGCACAAGAAUAAUCAGCGUGCAUUGUGACACAAAUGACGCCAAAAAUUGCCAUUUAGAAUACACUGUCGAUGGCUUAGAAAGAGAGUACAAGUGUAAGUGCGAAGGAACACUUACAACUGGAGAACCAACCAUGUAUUGUUACAUUCAUUACUGGGAAUGUCCUACUUGACUCCACUCCAUUACAUACCAUGGCAGUUCUGCUGGG